CCGCACGUGAGCUGGGUGCUGGUCUGGCCGGCGACGCGCGUGCCCUGUGGCCAAACACUGCCCGGAGUGAGAGCAAACUACCAGCGCAGUGGGGCCGGCGCGAGUGUGCGUGCGUGUGUGUGCGUGUGUGUGCGAGAGAGCGAGCACGGUGGGAGGAGGGGACCAACCGCUUCACACUUUCAACACUGCACUGAAGAGGGAGAGAGAGAGAGAGAGACUGGAGACGUACAGAUCCCCCCAAGAUCUCCCAAAGCUACCGUCCCACAGAUUCUAGAACAGAACCCCAAAAAUCGAAACAGAGGAAACGGACAGCGGUGGAACAUGGACGAAGGAAUUCCUCAUUUGCAAGAGAGACAGUUACUGGAACAUAGAGAUUUUAUAGGACUGGAUUAUCCCUCUUUGUAUAUGUGUAAGCCCAAAAGGAGCAUGAAGCGAGACGAUAGCAAGGAUACCUACAAAUUACCGCACAGAUUAAUAGAAAAGAAAAGAAGAGACCGAAUUAAUGAAUGCAUCGCUCAGCUUAAAGACUUACUGCCUGAACAUCUAAAGUUGACAACUCUGGGGCACCUGGAGAAAGCGGUGGUCUUGGAAUUAACUUUGAAACACUUAAAAGCUUUAACAGCCUUAACGGAGCAGCAGCAUCAGAAGAUAAUUGCUUUACAGAAUGGGGAGCGAUCUCUGAAAUCGCCCAUUCAGUCCGACUUGGAUGCGUUCCAUUCGGGAUUUCAAACAUGCGCCAAAGAAGUCUUGCAAUACCUCGCCCGGUUUGAGAGCUGGACGCCCAGGGAGCCGCGGUGUGUCCAGCUGAUCAACCACUUGCACGCCGUGGCCACCCAGUUCUUGCCCACCCCCCAGCUGUUGACUCAACAGGUUCCUCUGAGCAAAGGCACCGGCGUGCCCUCGGCCGCCGCCCCCGCCGGGCCCGGGGCCGCCCCCUGCCUGGAGCGCGCCGGGCAGAAGCUGGAACCCCUCGCCCACUGCGUGCCGGUCAUCCAGCGGACUCAGCCCAGCGCCGAGCUCGCCGCCGAGAACGACACGGACACCGACAGCGGCUACGGCGGCGAGGCCGAGGCCCGGCCGGACCGCGAGAAGGGCAAAGGCGCGGGGGCGAGCCGCGUCACCAUCAAGCAGGAGCCCCCCGGGGAGGACUCGCCGGCGCCCAAGAGGAUGAAGCUGGAUUCCUGCAGCGGCGGCGGCCUGGGGGGCGGCGCGGCAGCGGCGGCGGCCGCGCUCCUGGGGCCCGACCCGGCCGCCCCGGCCGCGCUGCUGAGACCCGACGCUGCCCUGCUCAGCUCGCUGGUGGCGUUCGGCGGAGGCGGGGGCGCGCCCUUCGCGCAGCCUGCGGCCGCCGCGGCCCCCUUCUGCCUGCCCUUCUACUUCCUCUCGCCUUCGGCGGCCGCCGCCUACGUGCAGCCCUUCCUGGACAAGAGCGGCCUGGAGAAGUACCUGUACCCGGCGGCGGCCGCCGCCCCGUUCCCACUGCUGUACCCCGGCAUCCCCGCCCCGGCCGCCGCCGCCGCCGCCGCCGCUGCCGCCGCCGCCGCCGCCGCCUUCCCCUGCCUGUCCUCCGUGUUGUCGCCCCCUCCCGAGAAGGCGGCAGCCGCCGCCGCCGCGACCCUCCUGCCGCACGAGGUGGCGCCCCCUGGGGCGCUGCGCCCCCCGCCCCCGCACGGCCGCACCCACCUGCCCUUCGCCGGCCGCAGCGAGCCGGGGAACCCGGAGAGCUCCGCUCAGGAAGAUCCCUCGCAGCCAGGAAAGGAAACCCCCUGAAUCCUUGCUCCUCUUAGAGGAGACCCGGGUUCACGCGGAAUCGUAAUAAGUUAAAACACCCUUAACGUUUUCAAGGGAGGAAGUGUAAGAGAUGCACGACGGGCUUAAAAGAAAACAAAACAAAACAAGCAAAAAAGUCCACAGGUGUUUUGUGUGCGUUUGGAGUUCCUGUUUUGCUCAUCCCUCACCGCCCACCAACCUCCACACACUAACAUCCCCUUCUUCUCCCACCAGCUGUACAAGAACCUCAUAGGUAUUCUUU